UAGUUGUCACCAUUUAUAUAGAAAGCUUGUAGAACCGGUAUUAGAUCAGAGUGACUGUAACAAUCAACUUGAAAACAUUCACAAGCCAUUUAAGUCAAAAAACAGAACGAGACAAAAUGCCGAUCGAUCUUUAUCAAACACCAGGAAGUGCACCAUGCUCGGCUGUUCGUUUGACAGCCGCUGCUGUUGGAGUUAAUUUAAAUUUGAAAGAAACUAAUUUAAUGACAGGUGAACAUUUACAACCGGAAUUUUUAAAGAUGAAUCCACAACACACUAUCCCUACCAUCGAUGAUAAUGGUUUUUACUUAUGGGAAAGUCGUGCAAUUAUGGGAUACUUGGUAGAUCAGUAUGGAAAGAAUGAUUCAUUGUAUCCAAAAGAUCCAAAGAAACGUGCCAUUGUUAAUCAAAGAUUGUUCUUUGACGCUAAUAUUUUGUAUCAAUCGUUUGCCGAAUAUUACUAUCCAAUGAUCUUUGCUGGAGCACCUAAAGAUAAUACCAAAUACGAGAAGAUUGAAAAAGCUUUCGAAUUUCUUGAUAAAUUUUUAGAAAAGGAUCCAUACGUCGCUGGUAAAAAUUUGACGAUAGCCGAUCAUUCUAUAGCAACCACUGUUUCUAAUUUUGAGCUUAUGGAAUAUGAUUUCAGUAAAUUUCAGAAUGUUAGUAAGUGGUUUAAGCGUGUUAAAUCUGAAAUUGUGAAAUACGAUGAAAUUCGUACUGCAAGUAUAAAAGCUUUCAAAGCUUUGAUGGAUACUCUUAAUAAGAAGAAGUAAAUUUUUGUCAACACAGUUUA